AUGUGUACAACCAACAAUGCAACCACCACGGAGGAAGAGCAAGUCGUAGCCGAUGCAGAGGUUGACGACUCAGCAACCGAGCUUGGGGGUAGCAUUGCUUCCUCAAGUACGAGUCUGUCCGAGUCAAUUUACCACUACCGACUCGAGAAUGGACGCACCUAUCACCGAUACAAGGAAGGCAAAUACCAAUUCCCCAAUGACGAAAGAGAACUUGAGAGACUGGACCUGCAGCAUCACAUGUUCGAUCUCUGUCUUGACGGCAAGCUCGGUGUUGCACCACCCAACGACGAAGGCUCUGGUGUUCGUCGUGUCCUAGACGUCGGCACCGGAACCGGGUUGUGGGCUAUUGAGUUUGGAGAAGCUCAUCCUGAGUCUGAGGUCCUUGGAGUAGACCUGUCGCCCCCUUUGGCAGAGGUCCCUCCCAACGUUACUUUUGAAGUGGACGACAUUGAAGAGCCCUGGCUCUACAGCAGACCAUUUGACUACAUCCACUCCCGAGUGAUGAAUUCUAGUAUUAGAGACUGGAAGCAGUUUAUCCAAAAUUGCUAUGACCACCUCACGCCCGGCGGUUAUCUCGAGUUGAAAGAGGUCGAACUGAUGCCUGAAUCUGAUGAUAGUACACUUCAACCGGACUCCGCCCUGGUUAAGACGUACACCCUUCUUGGAGAGGCCCUCAGAAUUUUCGGAUGCGCAUUCCAGGAUGUGCCCGCUAUGGUCGACAUGAUGAAAGCAGUCGGGUUUGUCGACCUGUACGUCAAGAAAUUCAAAUGGCCGACGAACACCUGGCCAAGGGAUAGCCACUAUAAGGAGAUUGGGGAGUGGGCAAACGUCAAUUACUUAACGGGCAUUGAGGCGUGGACCAUGGCCCCAUUCACGAGAGCCCUCGGCUGGAAGAAAGAAGAGGUCCAGAUCUUGCUGAUUGAUGUUCGGAAAGAGUUCAAUGAUCGUAGCAUUCACGCUUACUGCUCCUGGUACGCCAUCUAUGGAAGGAAGCCAGAGGAAGAGAAGGAGUAG